AUGCGUGACAAAGUUGUUCACAAUACCACUACACCUUCAACGACUGCAUUCAUCGGUACAUCACCCCUCUCAACAAACAUUCUGCUACCUUGGCUGCAAUCUUCAACAACACCAUCCUGUUCUCCUGCUUCGGUAUUUUUUUCAUCAACAACACUUGCCAUCAAAUCUAUCGAUGUUUCGACAAAUACUGAUCCACCACAAUCGUCACCACUUUCAAAUACAUUCGAUCAAAUUACUCCUUUACAACCCACAGUUUUCGUCAACGACGAUGAUCUGAUUCAAUCAUCUAUUACUUCGUCCUACACCACUUUACAAUCAUGCCCGCUUGACCUCACGUCCAGUUCACGAUAA